AUGCGGCCCAUAUCUUCAAACAUCUGCACCCCAACGGAAAAAAUGGCAGCCUGGUUGAUAGACGAAAUGAGGAAGUAUCCGGUUAUCCACGGUUUAAACGUCAAAAAUUCCGUAGAACUUGUGGACAAAUUGAAGAAUGUCGAGAUGCGACGAGGAGAAAUAAUGGUUUCAUUUGAUGUAACUGCGCUGUUUCCAAAUGUACCCGUGGCUGAAGCUAUUAUAAGCUUGCGCAGACACCUAGAGAGAAAACGAGCACCCCCCAAUCACAUCGCCGCUUACCUAACUGUGGCAGAAGUAUGUAUGAAGCAAAAUUUCUUCAUAUUCAGGGGUAAGUUUUACAAACAAACGUUUGGUCUCAGCAUGGGCAGCAAACUAUCACCACUUUUGGCGGAUGUGUUCUUGAGUGAUUUUGAAGUAGAUCUGACAAAAGAAAAACUCUCCCCUCGAAUCUGGAGGCGUUACGUGGACGACGUCUUUGCGAUAAUUAAAGAGCGCUACCUCCCACAAACACUUGAUCUGCUGAACUCCAAACAUGAAACAAUCAAGUUUACGGUUGAGAAGGAACAGAACAGCACCCUCCCUUUCUUGGAUCUUCUGAUCACCAGAAAAGAGGACAAUACGCUGAAGUUUGGUAUCUAUCGUAAACCAACGUCCACCGAUCGAUACAUAAUAUCAGAAUCCAACCAUUUUGGUGCCCAAAAGCAAGCUGCCUUUCAUUCGAUGGCGCACCGACUAUUCAAUAUUCCAAUGGAGGAGAUGGAGUUCGAAGCGGAAAAAUGA